CUAUCCGACAGCGGAAUAACGGACUCGAGACCGGCGGAGCAGACAAUUUCAGGCAAUGAAAAUAGAUCCUCCUUACCACUCAAAGAUGGAAAAAAUCCGCUGCCAGAGAAAGCGCUUUGUGAGAUUCUGGACAAACUGCAAAAGAAGGACUUGUAUGGGGUGUUCUCUGUUCCAGUGAAUCCUGCUGAGGUUCCGGACUAUUUUGACGUCAUUUCUCACCCCAUGGAUUUCAGCACCGUGAGGGGAAGGGUCGCAAAGAAACUUUAUACGUCAUGGCGCCAAUUCGAGGAUGACGUGUCCUUGAUCUGGAAGAAUGCCAUGAUCUAUAACGCCGAGGGGACCAUUUAUUACAAGCAGGCUAAAGCUAUGCAAGGAAUGGCUCAGAAGAUUUUUCCAGCAGCAGGUUCCAACGAGAUUUACCCAAGAUCUGGAUUUGGAAGGGGAUUUCGAGGUCGUGGAAGGGGAAGAGGUCAACCCGGUCGUCCUAAAAGGAUUCCUCUAUCUGAUCCUGCGCAGAAGGACACUCAGUCCGGUCGUAGAUUUUUGGGCCAGAGAAAGGAUGCCGUUCCGUUGGUGGAUGACAAGCAAGAUCGUCUGGUGUUUGGGAUGGAUGAACGAUCGGAGGUAUCACUGUCAGAGGACAUUGCGCAGACUAAGCCUGCACAGAGGAUAUUGGGGAAAGGCAUGGAGAAAGGGGAGCUAUUGAAUAGCCAGAGCCAACCGAAAUCAAGUUACCUAGGAGGCGAUGAUUCUGGUAACAAAGUGUCCCGGUUGAAGAACUACAAGGUCUGCCGCAGAGCAACAUCCCCAAGUGGCGGGAAGCACCUAUCCUUCCGCUCCUGGAGACACUUAGCGCGAUUUGCGUCGCCCCUUGGCUCGUUGGUUUGGGAAGUCGCUGCAGAGAAAGUCAAGCAGACCCUUCCUUCGGAAGUUCCUUUUGGUAGAGGAUGGAUUGGCCUGGAUGACCCCUUGCAGUCAUUGCAGUCAUUGAAUCAUGAGGGCGAGUCGGCAAGGAGGGUGUUGAAGGGCCAGAAGGAGGGGGUCCCUGACGUUUCUGUGGAUGAUGUAAAGCAAGCCUCGAAGCAACCUGUGAGGACAGCAGCUAAGACUUCUGCAAGGCCCGCCAAAGGUCUGAGGAAGUCUGCCUCUCCACAUCCUGGAUCACUGACUAAGUUGCAGGUUUGUUCUGAGGCAGCUGCGGCAGCUCCCAUUGAGACCGCCCACUCAAAAUCCGUUAGCGAUGGGGCUCCUGUGUCUUCAACCUCGGAGUCUGUCCAUGGGCCCAAAGACAUUGACCGAUCGUCAGGCAUGCUCCACAUGCCACACUGGUUUAACGGUGCAAGCAGACCUGGAGCAGGAUUCUCUUCGCCUCCACCUACAGCAGCUGUAGUUUCACCGAUAUCUGCACAGGAGGCCUUAAGCGGGCCGCGUGGGGUUUCUACAGGAAGCCCCUCUGAAGCUGGGUCUCUUAGUCUGAGCAAUGCAGCGAUCCAGACGCUGCUGAAUUCAUGUGCAGGUGCUGCUGAUCACGUUGAUCGCAGCAGCGUUUUGGCAAUGCGUGCUUCAGCUGUUGCUGCUCUGCAGGCUGCGAACUCUGCCAGACAAGGCCAGUCAGUCCUCUCUGCUCAGGCUCUGCAGUCGCUCAUGCAUGCACCUCAAGGCUCUGCUGAUGUCGAAACUCCCACAAAGCCCCUUGGUUCGGCCCUUAUGGGAGCUUUGAAUGCCCUGUGGUCUCAGAAUGCGUCCACCUCAUCACCUGGUGCUCCUGCAAUCACUGCAGCUGCUUUUGGGAAGCAGGGUCUGAAUUCGCUGCAUCGGCUUGGUGGGUUGUCAUCCCCAGUAAGAGCUGGUUCAACCUCAUCGUCUGACCCUGGAGACAAGAACGCUGCAGACCAUCUGAACAAAAUGGUAGAAGGCCAUCAUGCAGUGUUUUCUCAGAAUGGCUUGAAAAAUAGUCCCCUCUGGGCGGCUCUUGAGGCUGGAAAGAUUGAUGGUCUUCUGGGGAGCCCUCUCAAUUCAAGCAAGGGUGCUUCUGUUGGAGAUGGCAGUGGAGCCCAAGCUGUAGCAACCUCCAACCAAGCUGCACAAGCCCUGGCUGCCUCUGUCUCAAAAGGAUCAUGGCCGGGUGGUCUUCCAGGCAAUGCAUGGCUUGCUGAAUUUUCAUCCCAGCAACAGCAAGCAGCGAACGCGACUGCGUAUGGAUCUCUCAAUGCUCUUACGCCCGCAACACUUGCUGACGUCCUGCAGCAGCAACAAGGGACUAAUCCAUCAACAUCCUCGUUGAGACCUGGUUCUUCAUCAGCUGCUCGGAGCAUGAUGGCUGCCCUGGAUAAACUGAAGGCUCAUCAUGGCCUUCACAGCAAUUCGGCUGGGUCGUCGUUCUCAUCUGCUGCAUUCAGUGCAGCAGCUGCAGCUGCGUCAAACCAUGCUUCUGCCUCUGCAUCUGCUGGUUUACCCGUUGCUGAUGGUAGCAUGGCUGCCGCAACUGCACAGCCUCCCGCGUCGUCCGGUCAAAACGAGGAUGCGGGCCCGUGGACCGUUUCAAACGAUUAUCCCGAAGAUUACGUCCUUGUGUCGACGGAUCCUGAAGAUCUCGAGGCGACGCUGAGGCGAAUCGCGGAGGAGAAUGAGAUCCUCAAGAAGAGGGUCGAGGAGGCGACGGCGGCGGCGACGGCGCAAGCGGUCCAAGUCGCGGGGGAGCGCAAGGCGGGAGUUGACGUCACUCGGCCGCGAGCGGGUGCUGUGGCUCCGUCUGCUCCGCCGCCAGACGUCGCAGCGGUAAUCGCUGCGUCGUCUGCGUCGCCUGCGACGGCUGGUGCUCCCGCUGUGGCGCCUCCUCCCCCGUCUCCAUCUCCUGCUGCUCCUGCUGAAGAGAAGACCAUGCCAGUCGCCGCAUCUGCCGAGUCGCCGGGCGACGCAGCGACGGCGUCGCAGCGGAACGCGGAGCUGGAGAGGGACAGGGAGAGCGCCAAGCACACGGCGGAGGGGAGCGAUGGGCCAAUCAAGAAGACUGAGAACCCCAUCAGCAUUGUCUUCGUGGCAUCCGAAGUGGCGCCCUACUCCAAGACAGGAGGCCUUGCUGACGUCACGGGCUCGCUCCCAUUGGCUCUGGCGGCACGUGGCCACCGUGUGAUGGUGGUGGCGCCUCGUUACAUGAAUGGCGUCACGGACAAGCUCUACGCUGGCGCGUUCGAUUGCCAGUGCCGCAUCAAGUGCUUCCUCUUCGAGGGCGAGCACGAGGUGGCCUUCUUCCACGAGUUCCGUGAUGGGGUUGACUUCGUGUUUGUGGACCACCCGUCCUACCACCGCCCAGGCACGCCCUAUGGCGACUCCAGAGGGGCGUUCGGCGACAAUCAGUUCCGGUUCGCGCUGCUGUGCCAUGCGGCAUGUGAGGCGCCUCUGGUGCUGCCGUUUGGAGGGUUCACGUACGGGGAGAAGGUGGUGUUUGUUGCCAACGACUGGCAUGCCGGGCUCGUGCCUGUCCUUGUGGCCUCUAAAUACCGCCGCUACGGCGUGUACAAGGACGCGCGCACCAUCAUUGCCAUUCACAACCUGGCCCACCAGGGCGUGGAGCCCGCAUACACCUUUGGCAGCCUGGGCGUGCCCGGGGAGUGGUACGGGGCGCUGGAGUGGGUGUUCCCCGAGUGGGCGCGGAAGCACGCUCUGGACAAGGGCGAGGCAGUGAACAUCCUCAAGGGGGCCAUUGUGACCGCCGACCGCGUGCUCACUGUUAGCCAGGGUUAUGCAUGGGAGAUCACGACAGGGGAGGGCGGAUGGGGCCUAGAUGGACUGCUGCGGGGAAGAAGCAUCGUGCUAAAUGGAGUGACGAAUGGCAUAGACACCGUUGACUGGAACCCAGCCACGGACAAGCACAUUCCCUCACAGUUCACAGCAGAGGACUUAGAGGGCAAGGCGGAGUGCAAGGCAGCGCUGCAGAAGGAGCUGGGGCUGGCCGUGCGGCCUGAGGUGCCCCUGAUUGGGUUCAUUGGGCGUCUGGACUGGCAGAAGGGGCCGGACGUGAUUCAAGCAGCGCUGCCUGAGCUUAUGACCGACAACGUGCAAUUCGUGAUGCUGGGCAGUGGAGAGCCGGACCUGGAGGCAUGGAUGAAGUGGGCGGAGAGCGCCUACCCCGACAAGUUCCGAGGCUGGGUGGGCUUCUCUGUGCCCAUGGCGCACCGCAUCACUGCUGGCUGCGACAUCCUCCUCAUGCCGUCGCGCUUCGAGCCGUGCGGGCUGAACCAGCUGUAUGCAAUGCGGUACGGAACGGUGCCAGUGGUGCACGCAACAGGCGGGCUGAGGGACACGGUGGAGGAUUUCAACCCGUUUGCCAACGGGGGUGCAGGCGCCGGCACGGGGUGGUCCUUCUCACCUCUCACCCAGGAAGCCAUGAUGGGGGCACUGUGGACGGCCAUUCAGACGUACCGUGAACACAAAGACUCGUGGCAAGGCCUGAUUCAGAGGGGCAUGACUCAGGACAUGUCGUGGAACAGGGCGGCGCAGCAAUAUGAGCAGAUCUUUGAGUGGGCUGUGAAGGACAAGCCAUAUGCUUAG